AGCGAUGCCCUCAGUUAAUGCAACGAACUGUUAAUGACAACUGAUCUGCUUACCGAGCUCUGCUAUGGCGAUGCCACGUGGCCGCACAUGCUGUGAGCUGAAGCUCAACUCAUAUCCAGCUCUGGCUAUGGCGGUUCUUGCGUACGCAGCGGAGGCGACGACUACGGAGCGGAUAAUGAUGGUGAUGAUGAUGAGCAGUAUUUACACUAGUGGCGCUGCUGAUGCUCCUGAUCAUGAGGAGGAGGAGGAUGGAAUUGAAUCAUGGGGACGGGGAUAUACUGGUCAUUAUGGUGGUGGAGAUGGCGAUGAUGAAGACGAUGAUGAUGGUGAUCAUGAUGAGAUAAUGAUAAUGAUGAAGGUGAUGGCAACUAGACGUUCUGGUUAUGGUGGUGGUGGUGAUGAUUACGGUGAUCGUGAUGACGGUAGCGGGAGGAUAAUAAUCAGCAGCAGUAGAGGUGCUGCUAGUGGUGGUGGUUAUGAUGAUGAUGACGGUGAUGAUGAUGAUGACGAUGGUGAUGGUGAUGGUGAUGGCGAUGAUGAGGAGCAUUACGAGAUACGCGUGGAGGCUCUGCAGAAAACGCUUGCCUCUCUCCUUGCAAUCCCAGCCCAGGACCAAAUUCUCAUUUGCGGAUCUACCAAGUUGGAAUCUUCCAAAGUCCUGGCCGCCUACCGUCUGCCGUCCGAUGAGAAGAAACUGUUCUUGUUCAACAAAGCCAGACUGAUGAGUGGGGCACCACCACCUCCCCCCGAGGAUGUGGAGAUUGUGGAACCUCAGAUCCCGGCUGGCCCGUCGUCGGUGGUGGGAGUGCGACACCCGCUUCUCGAUUCCGACAGCCCUCUGCUACAGACCCUGCCAAAUUACGAGCGGCAGUUCAAGUACCAUCUGCAGAAGGGCCACGCGGUUUGGCAGGCCAGUCAAUCACGAUUUGACACGUGUCAGCGCCUCGUGGAGGAGCAGAAGGUUCAAGAACAGGCGAUUCUAACGGGACGGGGCAACAUGGGGAUCUACUACAAGCAUAUCUGUCAUCAAUACAAAGACUUUAUGAAGACGUACGAGCGGCAGCAUAAACACCACACAGAUCUGCUGAACAACUUCGAGAAGGAGAUGGUCAGACUCCGAGCCUGCGAGCUGCACCCUGACCUGCAGGCAGACGGCCGUCGCACGCUGCUGGAUUGUGUGAAGGAGGGGGAGAUCCGUCAGUGGGCUGCAGACUGUGCAGCGAAGAACAAUCAAUUCAAUGCCAAGGUAGCAGACCUCAGCGCUCUGUUUGCGGAGCUGCGGCGGAGUGUACAGGAAUUAGAGGCAACCCCACUGGACGUGGAUGUCAGACAGCUGGCGUUCAAGAUUGACGACAGUCAGAAAUACAUCGAGGAACAGACGAGCAUUCUCACUAGCUUAAACAAGGACUUAAACACGGUGAAGAAGAUGGUGAACGACUGUGUGGAGGGGAUGAGGGCGAAUGAACGGUCGGGUGGCGGGCACCUCACGGCGUCCUUAAGACCGUUGGAUGUGAUUAAUCAUCUUGAUCCGAUGGACCAAGGCCACACAUCGUUCCAGCUUCCGAAACUGGAGGAAUGCGACAGGCGGCUCGCGCAUCUGGUGCUGUACCUGAGGGACUGCAAGAAUGACAUGAGUAGAUGUGUUCACGUGCAAUUGCAGAAGGUGGCGGCUCUUCAGUCGAAGAUCCGCGACAUGCGCUUCCAGCUGGCUGCGUACCGAGAAGCCCUCGAUCAACAAGACAAGCACUUUGAUGAGUUGGUAAGACUCCACAGAGUGCGGCCGGCAUACCGAGUCUGCCUUGCCGAGAUCGUUUUCAGAAAAGCGUAUGCGGAAUGGUACAAAGGGCAAGCAGAACAGUUGGCGGAGAAGAUUGCGCAGAUCCGGGACGCGGAGGUGGCAAGGAGAGAAGAAUUCUUUCAACAGCAAAGUAUGUACAUAUCGAGAGAGAUCUUGGAUCGGAUGGGGCUAUCUGGUCUGCCAAGCCAAUGUGAGGUCAAUCUGCCGCCGUUCGAUCUGGAUUUGCUGGAUGUGGAAAUGGCAGAGCUGCAGAAAUGGGCGCCGGAGAGCCUGUAUGGUCCAUCGGAGCAGGCGAGCAGAAGGCUUUCGUACCCAAGGUCAGUGGGUACGAUAGGUGAAUCGUCAUUUGUGGUGCGUCGGCCAAGCACAGAGGAUUCAGCUGCGCCACCGGAUGGUGGUGAGGGGGAUGGCAUUGGCGGCGCUGGGAUUGACGAAGUAAUGGAGUCGAAGAAGCUAGAGCUGGAGAAUGCACGGCUGAAGGCUGAGCUUGCGUCGGCCAUGGCCAUGCUUUAUGCGUUUGACCCGGAGCGGUUCAUGGAAGAAGGGGCGCAGGCGUGGGAGGAAGGAGGGGAUUUGGAGGGUGCCGGCACGGGCGGCACAGUGAUUCAGGUACAGAAGGUUGCAGAGGCCUUGUAUCUGAAGGAUGAGUAUGGAAGGCAGCUUCAAGAUCAAAUUCUUCAGCAAAAGGGCCAGAUUAGUUUGUAUGUGCAGAGAAUACAGGACCUAGAAGCGCAACUGGAAGUGCAGCGGGCACAAAUGAUGGCCCAGCAGGGGCAGAGGGAGGGGGGCGCGGGAGAGGGGAUGGUCGGGAGUGAUCGAUGGCCGAAAGAACAGGACGAAGGGCAGCUAAUGAUGAUGACACUGGCAGGGGGAAUGCAGUCAGCAUUGCCUUGGGGAUCAUUCCGGGCUGGCAGGAAGGAUCAUCAGGACAAAGGUGGCAUGGUUGAGCAAUCGGGUAGCCAGAGUGCAAGGAAAGACGCAUCUGGCGCAACUGAGAUGGCAUCCUGCGAUCAGGAUGAACAGAGGAGCAUCGGGGUCGGUCGUGAUGGGGAAGGGAAACAAGGCAAGGAUGGAGGAGGGUCUAGUGUAGAACCGAGUGCUGUUCAAUACAGCACAAAGGAACAAGACGCUGGGCAAGUUCUAGAGCAGCCGCCAGGGGAUGCGGGAGAAGUGCAGGAACCGUCGAGUGUAACUGACGAUCAUGCCAUGUUGGACGCAUCUGGUCAUGCUGCCCAUGACCACCGAUCGCAGGGUGGCGGUGGGGUGACGUGCGUGGUGGAGGUGGAAUCUGCGGACACAGCGAUGGAGGACUCACAGGGGGUAGUAUUGCAAGCUGAAGGGGAUGCAAUGGUUCCCGAUAGCGGAAGUGGGGUGAUGUGUGGGGUAGAAGGGCAGAAUGAAGGGGGGACUGAGGGUGGUGGACGCGGCGUGGAGAGUAGGAUGGCAGAGGGCAAUCGAGAGGAGAGGGAGGAGGAGCAGCAUGCAGACAACGGCUUAGGGGGGGAGGAUGAUGCAACGCAAGGGGGGGUCUCUUUCACAACAGCUGUAGAUGCGUGUGUGUCAGGGGAGGAGGAGGUAGGGAGUGGCAAGAUGCAGUCUGUAGAGUCUGCGGAGAGCACGGUCGCAGCAGCAGGAGCACCCCAGCUGCAUGCAAAGCAGGAUGACGAGCACGAUAGUGCGCUUGUCGAUGAUGAUGCGAGUACGAAAGAUGUUGGGAGUCUUCACAAUGCUCUCGCUGAAAGUUCUGCUGCUUGUCAAGCUGCCGAAGAGCGGGUGAAAGCUCUGACAGCGGAGGUGGCAGAGCUGCGUGCUCUUUUGAAAUCCAAGGAGGAUCUCCUGAGUGAAAGUCAGGUGAACUGUGCCCACUUGGAGCACCUUCUUCAUGAAGCACGGGAGGAGGCACGGACCAAUCAUUGUGCUGCCAACAGUGGGGCAGCAAGGUAUACGGCGUUACGGAAUGUCAGCAUUAAGCAGAGAGGGCUCAUGGCAAGGUUUGAAAGAGCGAUCCCGAUGCCGGGAAGCGAUCCAGUUGUACCCUUUCCUGAUGGUUUGAUUACCCUCGCAAAGUCCCUCUCCGCCUCGAAUGUUAGCCAGGGGGAAGGUGACGAUGGGCUUGAAUGGUUCAGAGCGGCGAUACGCAGCCUGGCGGAACAUGUCUACCAGUUGGUGGUUCACAAAGAGAAGCUUCUUAGACAAUUAGAGAUGGAGAGGAGGCUUGACGUCAAUGAUAUUGCACUCUUCAUGCGCAAUGCGGAGGGAUUUUAUGUGGCCGCGUGCCCGAAUCGGGCAAACUACUACUUGUCGGAUCAGCCGUUAGCUCAACCAUCAACAGAACCCAACCAUCGGCUAGUGCAGCAAUGUGUUGUGGGGAGAGUUACGCGCGUAGAGCAUCAUGUCGUUGCUCCAUCACCGUCCGAAGCAAGCGGUAUGUCGCAUGGUGUCGACUCCGCGGGCAGCAGUUGUGGUUCAUCCCGGCCCACCGGCGUAGUCCCCUCUGGUCCCUCAGCUCCUGGUGGUGUCAGCUCUCCGGGGGCCACGAGUACACCACCGGAUACACCUAGGAGUCCGCCGACAUCAGUCUGGAAUCCGUUCAAACUUCCGAUAGGUGGAGAGUUUUUUGCCGUGACGGUGACUUCCAUCCCUGGACUACAAUUUUUGCCUCCAUCAGUUGGCAGGCCGAGAUGACGGUUGGCAAGGGAGGGGUGGUAGGUACCCUGUCGUCAGGUGCCUCUCCUGCCGAAAUCCCGAGGUAGGAGGAAGCCGAGCGGAGAAGUGCUUCGAUCGCAUCGUUCCCCGGGAGUGCACUUGCCGGCAAAUGGGAAUCGGGAAGCGACUUGCAGAUGGCAGUGGAAGAAUGCAGCUAAGUCUGACAGCCUAUAGCUUCUCUCUCAUCCAGGUGAACUUGUGAAGUCGAACAAUUCUUAUUUCGAAGUAAAUCUUUACAAAAUCA